AUGGCUCGUCCAGGACGUCUGCUCCUGGCCCUCGGGGCAGCCCUGUGCUUGAGCUUGCGCUACUGCUUCGUGCCCAGCCCUGGACAGGCGCCGAAGGCACAGACGGCCGAGUUCAAUCCUGCUGUGGCAGCCUCGGCCGCGGUGCCGGCCCUGACGAUGCUGGCCCAGGAUGCCGAGGCGAAGUAUGGCGACCAGCGCAAGUUUGCCGCCGUCCUUGUCCCGCUCACGACGCUGGUCUUCCCGGCUGUUGCGAUGGGCAUGUUCGUGCUGUACUCUUUCCAGGAGGAUGCCUUCUGGCGCGUAGUCCCGGGCACCAAGCGCGCCAAGGAGUUGGAGGAUGCCUGGAGAGAGCACCCGCUCUUCGCCAACUCCAAGGACCCGCUGGAUGGCCUGAUCAACCCGGAUGACUACGAGAAGGGCCUCGAGGAGGCUUGGGAGCGAGCGAAGCCGGCCGGCAGCACGGUCACUGUCAAGGACAAGCUGAAGCAGAUGGCCAAGCAGAAAACCCCACUGGGAGUCUUGGAGGUCCCUGUCUGCGUGAGCCCAAAGGUCGCAGUGCCAUCUGAGAGGGCCAGAUUGCCCUUAAGCGGCCGUUUUGACCCGAGGGCGCUGCGCCCCGCCUGGAAAAAAGGGGCAGGCUGCCUGCGGUUGCCGACCUCCUUGCAAGGUGUGCCCUACGACCAGCAGUUUGAUGAGCCCAGCGGCCAUCAGCAGGUCUACGCGCAGGAGCAGCUGACAAACGAGCAGGCCGCGCUGCACGCGGAGGUCGAUCGAGAGAAGCAGCUGGCAGCCAUGGAGGAAACGGCGGACGAGCUGGCCGAAGGCAAGCUGUCUGCGGCGGUGGACCAUGCCUACGCCAUGGCCGAGUCUGCCAGGGUGUGGGCCGAGCGCGCCGCGUCCAUCGUGGAUGCCACCCGCGAGGAGCAGGCGGACCAGGAAGCGGUGGACGUCGCGACUGACCUCGCAAAGUCCGCCCGCCGAGUUGGGACGGCAAUGAGCGGGGCCAAUCGCACACUCCAGUACCUCGACGCUGCCAGGUACAACAUGGAGCUGCAGAACCAGAUGCAGACUCUCGACCCCCAAAUGGAGGUCUAUGUUCUGUCGAAGACUGGCGAGGCCGCUCUGAAGGCCAGCGACGAGGUCUACGAAGCCCUGCAGGUGGCCUACCGCGCGAAAACGCUCGCGGAUGAGGCCAUUUCGCACGGCAUUACGUCUAUGCCGAAGCUGCGAGACAGCGACGUGCACCUGGCACCUCUCAAUGAGGCCGAGGGCGCCGAUUUCAAUGACAACCAGGAGCACUCGCCGGAGGAGCUGACUGCGCACGGCAAGGAGGUCCUCAAGGCCAAGGAGAAGGUCGACAAGAUGGACGAUGGAGAGCCGAUGGGCUACACGUCCGCGGGAUGCCAGUGCGAUCCGCAGGCGAAGUGCGCUCUCCAGGGCAGGUCCUUCACAUGGUGCCGGGUAGGCGGCGGGUCCUGCCCUUUGCUUUCCGCCGCCGCUCGAAAGGAGCAUCCCCAGGACCCAGCACUGCGGGACCAUAACCUUUACAAGUCAGGUGGCCCCGAGACGAAGCGAGAACGAGACCUCGAGCGCUCGGGGACCGUCUGGGACUACUGCGAGCCGAAGCUGGGUUUGACCAGUGCAGGCGCGGCGCCCCGCACGGCGCACGGGGCGAUGUGCGCCUGGCGUGGCGACUUGCUUAGGAGAUACCACGAGGAUCCCUUCUUCUUGCGCAAGGACGGUAGCCUCGAUGUGACCAAGGUGCCUCUAAGGGACCGGCUGUCAGUCGAAGCGAUGCUGCAGUACCAGAAGGAUCCGGCGCACCAGCAUCUCUGCACCACGACGGACGACAGCGGCGCUUUCCACAUCUGCCCAACCGCGGUGGACGACGAGCGUCCAGAGCUCGCCGGCCGGGGCUGGAAUGCGUCGCACAGUUGGGACUUCUGCAGUGAGCGCUUCACCGACCCCAUCUCCGGGGUGGCGGAGGCGUGGAAGCCGCCCACAACCGACCGGUCGGUGCACGAGGAAGUGUCCGAACCGCUGCCCCCGCCCCACGCGCCGAAACUCGCGGAGCGGGCCAUGGCCCCGCCCGAGGAGGUCCGCCUCGACGACAUCGCCGAGGAGCCACCGCCGCUGAUGCCUCCUGUUCCCGCAGCUUCGGCGCAG